AUGGAGCGGGAGGGCAGCGGCCCGGGUCCCCCCGCGCCCCACGAGCCCAUCAGCUUCGGCAUCGACCAGAUCCUGGGCGGCCCCGAGCCCGCGGGGCCGCACCGGGCGGCCGCAGAGCCCGACUACGGGCUGUACGGUGGCGGGUACGGCCCCGCCGGUCCGCUCGGUUCUUACAACCUCAACAUGAGCAUGAACGUGAGCGUGAACGUGACCCCCUCGCCCGCCGCGCCGCCCGCCGGGGUCAUCCGCGUCCCGGCGCACCGGCCCGCGCCCGCUCCGCCGCCCGCCGCCCCCGCCGCGCAGCCCCCGGGGCCCGCGCUGCCGGGGCUCACCUUCCCCUGGAUGGAGACCACGCGCCGCAUCGCCAAGGACCGGCUCUCAGCUGCACUGUCCCCCUUCACGGCCACGCGGCGCAUUGGGCACCCCUACCAGAACCGGACACCGCCCAAACGCAAGAAGCCGCGGACGUCCUUCUCCCGGGUGCAGAUCUGCGAGCUGGAGAAGCGCUUCCACCGGCAGAAGUACCUGGCCUCGGCCGAGCGUGCCACCCUGGCCAAGGCCCUCAAGAUGACAGAUGCCCAGGUCAAGACUUGGUUCCAGAACCGUCGCACCAAGUGGAGGCGUCAGACGGCGGAGGAGCGCGAGGCGGAGCGGCAGCAGGCCAACCGGCUGAUGCUGCACCUGCAGCAGGAGGCUUUCCAGAAGAGCCUGGCGCAGCCGCUGCCUCAGGACCCGCUCUGCAUGCACAACUCCUCGCUCUAUGCCCUGCAGAACCUCCAGCCCUGGGCCGAGGACAACAAGGUGACAUCGGUCUCGGGGGUGGCCUCCGUGGUGUGAGGGCCCCGGGUGUUGCCGAUGUGCUGGGAGGUGGCAGUGGGAGCCCAGCCUGCAGCAGGGAGGGAGCUGCAGCCUCUCAUGGGCAGCCCCCUCCCUGCCACUGACAACCCCCUUGGACCCCCUGGCUGGGUGGCCAUGCCCCUGCAAUUGGACUCAGAGCUUUACCGAAUCCCACCUGGAGCACUGCUGUGGGCAGCCCCCUGCCUCGACCCCUGGGAGCCCACAGACAGGCCCCUACACCCUGUGGGGCUCUGCAGCCUCCCCACCCUAGGGGCCCUGUGCCAGGGCAACUCCUCG